CCUUUUUGGUUUCACUCGGCGGACGUCCUCAUCGUGCUCUCAUCUAUGCUUUUAAUAUAGGAGUGUCCAAACCUGUAUGAUCGUGAUUGGAAGUGAUUCCCGUACGUACGGAAUAAAGGGUGUAUUCUCCUUCUUGUAAGAUAAUUUGUCGGCAUUAAAUAUGUAAUAUAUUUAUUUAUCAAUAUAAUUUUAAUUACAGAGCAUUACGACUAAGCACAUAAUUAAUAUAAUGGACAUAGACCCUUUCACUCAGCGUAUGUUGGAGCGGGCUAGGUCAAGGAGAGAAAAAUUAGAUACUCAACUAUCAAACGCUGGACAUGAUGUAAAGAAAAGACGGAGUCCUUUGAAAGAUACAAAUGCUAUUUUAGUUCAGGCUACAGUUACUAAAAGUAAGACUCCAACCAAGUCUCCUGCCAAAAUAUCAACAGAGAACACAUCUCCAGCAAAGUCUUCACGAAAAUCUAUAUCUAAAACUGAAAGUAAUCAGCAUAUAAAUAAAGAGAAUAGAAACAUUGGACUUUGCAAUGUGAAGUCAAAGUUACAAAGACUUGGUAAACUAUAUUCUGAUGACAGUAGUGGAAAACUGAGUUCUCCCAUUCAUAGAACAGAAGAAAAAUUUAAUGCAGAGGAAGAAGAAGAAGUUGUUGAACAGAAAUCAUCCAAACGAGGAGCUAGACUUGAUAGAUUAGCAGCUCUUGCUUCAACAAUUAAUAACUGGGAAGAUGAUCUUUCACAUCCAACUUUGGUCAAACCAGUAAAUAAUAAAGUAGAAAGAAUACAAGCAAAACUGAAUGAGCAAGUAAGAUCUAUAUCAGAACCACAACCAAGCACAAGUGGGUAUAGUAAAGCAAAUAGAAAUAGUAAAGGUAGUAAUUAUAAGAAAGAAGAAUCUUAUUGUACAAAACAAUUGAAGUGGGAUAAAACUAUAUUGGACACAUUAGAGGCUCAAGGUUUUAGUCGUACACAAAGCGAUACUCGCCUUGUAUAUGACUAUAAGUCUUGUUCUCAGGGAAAAGAUGCGGGUCCUUCGCGUUCGUCACCUAAACGACUUCAACAAAAUCAAGAAGCCGUUACAACAAAUUGUGGAGAAAAAUAUUAUAAAAAAGAAAUUUCAUCAAAACAUACUGAAAACAAGAAUUCUAAUACUCCAGAGAAAACAUCAAGAAAUGCAACACCAAAUACAAAUGGUAAUCGAGUAACCCCUAGAUUUGGUUAUAGUAGCUCUCCUAAGAGUCCUGCUCAAUCUAGUCCAGGUUCAGUAUUGAGCAAAGCUUCGUUAUUUGAAUCUAAAAACACAGAAACUAAGAUGAGAGAUCCUACCCAAAUGACUCUUUCUGAGAGGAUGGCAAUUUUUGAGAAAAAUAAAGGAGAAGCACCAUUAUUACCCAAGGCACCUCUUGCUAUGUCUAUACCACCAAAAAAGUUACAAGAAAAAGAUAAGAGUAAUUCAUCGACAGUGCAUCCAAACAACAAUGGAGCAAAAGGACCUAAAGCUGAUAUUCCCAAUAAUACCGUUAAUGUUCAGCGAGAAAGAUUUGAACAAGGCUUAAAUACGCAAGAGCUAGAAAAUAAUAUUUUACAUAACACUUAUCUGGAACGACAGCGUGAAUUAGAUAUGCUACGUUCCCGUUUUAACAGAAACAAAGAAAUGGCACAAGCAGUUACUGGUUCAUACAUAAGAACAAGUGAAAGUAGUGAGGGAAAAUCAAAUUCACCUAAAAAUUCUCCAGUUUGUCCAGUAAAACCAACACCUGCACCUGAUUAUGGUAUACCACCUCCUCCACCACCUCCUCUACAAUCGCAUCUUUCUAAUGAGAAGUCAAUUUUAAAUCAAAAUAAUAAUUCACAGAGUAAGAGACAAGUUAUAGGAACUCCAUCAAAAGCAACACAACAAGCAAAAGUAAUGUCUGAUAUUAAAUGCAUUCGAGUUGCUCCACCUAAACCUGGACAUCUUUAUCCUAAUCUUUCCGAAAUUGAAAGUGCUGCAGAAAUAGGAACGGAUACAGAAUAUACUGUUAGCAAUACAGAAGCAGAGACUGCUACUUUAGAUGAGAAAAGUGGUACAGGAACGAGUACAGAGGCUGAAUACUAUGUAGAGGUAGGAUACUAUUUAAAAUAUGAAUAUAGUAAUAAGAAAUUUUAUGUGAUUUGUAUAAUUGUUAUACAUUUAAUAUAGGAUAAUGAAAGUGAGACUGAAAGUGAAGAAGAAAGUGGAGAUAUGAAUACUAGUCUUGGUAGAAGUAUUUUACGUGUUGUAAGUGAGCAAUCUUUCUUAAAGAAAAAGAGAUCAAUUGACCCAAAUCCAGAUAGUACAACUUCUGAUAUUUCAGUGUUGAAUGAAAUGGAUGAGUAUUUAGAUGAAUGCCUUCCACUACAGGAAGGGUAUGAUAAUAGCUCUUAUACAGAGGAGGGACCAACUCCUCCUAAAGUAAAUAAGAGUGGUAAAAGUCCAUUAAUGACUUCAACAGGUUUCAAAUAUAAAGAAGGAUCACCAUAUCUUUCACCUACAAUAAGAGUUCGUCCAGCAUCUCCUGAAAAGACAGAGUCUUACAUUGUUGAUGGUGACAAUUGUGAGCCGUUACUACGCAGUGUCAGUUUUUAUAGACGACAACAAUCUCAAACGCCAAAGACACCAGUACGUAUAAUAUCGAGGAUACAAGAAUCAACUAAUACUAUUCCCGAUGAAACACAAUUUGAUCCUAAAACCGAAGCACUUUUAGUGGAAGAAAAAGUGAAACGAUUACUAGAUGAAGUAUGCAAACAGCAGACAAUUAUUAGUCAAGCUAGUCAGGCACUGAAUUUAUGUACUUCUACUGUGGAGUUCAAUGGUUCCAUGGAACAGGUUGAAGGAGAGAGAUUGUUACUUGUUGCCACUCAUAGAAGACAAGCUGCUCUAAAUGAAGUUCAACGGUUGAAGGUAGAAGGUACUUUAAAACCUGUUACUUCUACACCCGAAAUACAAGAAAGUGGUUCUGUAACAGUUUCUGCUAUUACUUUACCUCUCAAACGAGAUUAUUUUCGUAAUAUGGGUACAAGUACGUGUUAUCACUUUGUUUGUUUGAUGCGGUAUUUAGAAGAAGUAGUUGUUACGCCUGUAGUUGUAGCAGAACCUGGUGAUUCGUGUCUCCGAUUUCCAUCAACAUUGAAACUAAAUGAUUUAUAUAAUGACUUUAAAAUCACUAUUGAAAUAUACUCAUUACAGACACAACCAGAGAUCUUACCACAUGAAAUCAAGUAUCAUAUUAAUAGUGGUAAUGGAUGUAGUAAUAGUAGCAGUAAUUGUAAUAAAAAGUUGGCAAAUAGGACCCCAAAGAAAUUUUUGAAACAAGAAAGUCGAUUAGUAAUGCCCAGCUUGCAAAGUCCAGCUGGGCCAUCUGCUGUUAGAUCUCCAGCUUUUCAACUAUCUGGUUACGUCAUUUUUAGUUUGAAAGAAAUACAUCGACAACAAUUCACAUUGAAUAAAGUACCGCCACAAUCUCCAUUAGAAGGCCGAUUACAGAUGUAUGUUUCAUGUGAACUUUCGGUAGCAGUUGAACAUAGAGGAUUUCUUACAAUGUUUGAAGAUGUAUCUGGAUUCGGUGCUUGGCAUCGUAGAUGGUGUUUGCUCAAAGGUCCUACUUUAUCAUAUUGGAAAUAUCCUGAUGAUGAGCGGAAAAAGGCUCCCAUUGGGAGCUUAGAUUUACAAAGUGUUAGUACAACAAAUGUAGGAUUAGUUUCUCGAGAUAUUUGUGCUCGUCCUAAUACCUGUUUGCUUGAAACAACAAGAGCUACAGAACCUGAAGAUGUUGAUAGUUUAGUUAUGGUUAGAAAUGGUCCAACAACGACAAUUAGGCAUCUCUUAUCAGCAGAUACAAAAGAAGAUAGAUUAGAAUGGUGCUCAAAACUUAAUAAAAUACUAAAUCUGAUACACGCUUGGGGUGGGCCAUUGACAUUAUCGCAAUAAUUUAUA